CCAACGCCCCACCACCACACGCCACGCCGGCGACGUUUCCCUCCCUCCUCCUCCUCAGGCCACCGGAGCUCCCCCACCCAUCUCCAGCUACCGCGGCCCGGCCACGGCAUGCUGCCCGUCACGCGCCCUGCCCACCACCAUCCCCGCCUCCUCUGCACUACCGCCCCUGCGGCCCCAGCUCCGCAGGGGCGCUCUCGUCCUCCUCGUGCCCGAGCCCGCCCCCGGACGGUAAGCCUCGUUGGCCGGGCGCGCCGCCCUCCAAGCAGCGCCGGAGCGGGAGAAACGGAAACGGAAGCGGCCGCGGACGCUACGAGCUCCACCGCCAGCGGCAACGUCCUGUCCUUCCUGUGCCCGCUCCUCAAGUUCCUCGGGGGAGGUGACCCUUCGCAGGAGAGGAAUGACAUCGUGGAGGUUGCUACAUCUUCACUCUCAAGUUUAGCUAGACUACCAUGGGGUUCAAGUGUAUCUACUAGCAGUGAGAAUGAUGUUAUCCCAACAAGUACUCCGACUCUGCAAUUGUAUGAGUUUGAGGCAUGCCCCUUCUGUAGGAGAGUUCGGGAGGCCAUGACUGAGCUUGACCUUUCUGCAGAGGUAUAUCCUUGCCCAAAAGGGUCACUAAGACAUAGAGACGUGGUCAAGAAAAUUGGAGGGAAAGAACAGUUUCCACUUCUUGUUGAUGCAAGUAAUGGUGUCACCAUGUAUGAAAGUGGUGAUAUUGUAAAAUACCUGUUCGGACAGUAUGGACAAGGAAAGAAUCCUUCAAUUGGACUCCUUGAGAGUACAAUUCUUACAGGAUGGGUGCCUACUCUUCUUCGAGCUGGAAGAGGAAUGACAUUGUGGAACAAAGCUGGUGUGGUACCUGAAGAUAAACUAGAACUCUUUUCAUUUGAGAACAAUACUUAUGCAAGGAUUGUCCGUGAGGCUCUCUGUGAAUUGGAGGUUCCUUAUAUCCUCCAGAAUUGUGGAGAGGGGUCCUCAAAGAUAGAUUUGCUUCAAAGGAUAGCAGGUUCCAAGCAGGUGCCAUAUCUGAUUGAUCCUAAUACCGGGUUCCAAUCGGGCGACCAUAAGAAGAUACUGUCCUACUUAUUUCAACAAUACUCGACUAGUGGGUAGCUUCUUUCUGAAGGUCAGAAAAUCACACACAUCCUCUGAAAGACUUGCCUUCUCCAGUAGAAAGCAGACAUGAGAAACGUAUGUAUAGCUUCAGUGUCCAUUUUGCACAGAGAAACCAGUAGCUUUUCAUGGCUCUCGCCUGGUAGAUUAUGCCAAUCUUAUGUAAUAUACACAUGCUCUAUGUACAAAGUACCGCAGCUUUUGGUCGCACAAGCAAACAAGAGGAGUAGCACAUGAAACUGCCGGCAGCUGUCCAAUGUAUCUUGGAUUCUGCUACAAUUUUCUGUGCUAUCUUCAUGGCGUCUCCAUCCCAAAGUAAUAUUUCUUUGUACUUUUAGACUAUUCAGUAUGCACAGGGAGAGGUACGCGACAGGAUCGUGUAUCAUCGGGCAAGGCAUGCGACGCACCCGUGAAUCUUGUCAUGAAUUUUU